GGGAAUUGUAUAAACCAUAAUUGCGCCAGAGCACCAUGACGAUGAAGACCUGCUGGUGUCUCCUCAUCCUUCGAGUGCUAGCGCAACCUGCUUUAAGAAAGCCCUCAACCUUGGAACAAGCUUUGGUCUUUGACGCUGGCAGCAGUGGCACACGGAUCCACAUCUUCAACAUGUAUGUGCAGCAUGGGAAAGCCGUGCCCAGCGUGGACUUGAGUGUCAGGGAUAACCAGACCUGGAAAGUGAAGCCUGGGCUUUCUCACUUCGCACGCAGCGAUGACCUUCAAGGCUGCAGGGACAGCAUCAAUCGGCUGGUAGCUUUCGCAAAGCAGUUUGUCAAGGGUCACCGGCAGAGAGAGACACCGGUGCUUCUGAAGGCCACAGCUGGCCUACGUGCGGUCCCCAGCGAAAAGGCCAAGGCUGUUCUGGAGACGGUCCGCUCCACACUCCUAAGCUCUGGCUUUUGGUUCCACGAGGACUGGGCGGAUAUCAUCAAGGGCAAGGAAGAAGCUGGCCUUGCCUGGAUCGCCGCGAACUAUUUGCACGGCACCUUUGGUGAAGAGUCCUCUAGCUCACCUUCGCUUGGGAUCAUCGAGAUGGGGGGUGGAUCCACCCAGGUGUCCUUCCAGAUCGAGGCACAGGAAGUGCCCAAAGUCGCUGAAAGUGACACCUUCGAAUUUCGCACAGCGCUGGGGAAGACCUACCAUCUCUAUGCGCACAGCUAUUUGGGCUUUGGACAAGACUAUGCACAAGACAAGCUGAUCGAUCUGAGUGAUGGAAACCAAGACCCCUGCUACCCCAAAGGCUACUCUCGGGAACGGCACGGUUCCAAAAUGGAAGGUGUUGGCAGCAGCCAGCAAUGUGAGAGCAAUAUCCAAAGACUGCUUUUUCAGGAGUCAACGGCUCCAGGGCGUUAUGAAUAUGAGCUACCGUUGAGGGGGUCUUUGAUUGCCACGGAGAACUUCUUCUAUGUGAGACAAGAUCUCAAGUUCGACAAGAUGGAGGGAGUCCCGCCCAGUGAGGAGGAAGCAUCACAAGUUUGUGGUAAGGAGCUUGCAUCGAGCUUCGAGAAAGCCUGCUUUGCGCUCUCCUAUCAGUUAGCAUUUCUGGCGGCCGUGAAGGCGACAGAUCUGGGCGAAGUGAAGGUGAUGCGUAAGAUCAAUGGUGGCGACAUCGAUUGGGCCUUAGGUGCAGCCUUAGACUCUUGACUCCAAACAUGUUUGCUGAGCCAUGCACAGCAAGCCAGCAGCUUGUUUCUUUUUCUCCCUGGAGGGCUGCAUAGCGUGUGGGUUCGGGGGCAGUUUCACCAAACUUUGAGUGCCAAGUAGUGCUAAGCAGUCAGUUCCAGAGAGUCCAAACUGAAAGAUUUUUGAGGUGCAUUUGCUGCAAACAAGAUCUACUGGUCCAGGAAGUGCCAGUUGGAUCAGGAUCACUGCUUGGACACCCAUGCCGUUGUGGCUGACCUUGCUGGCUUCCAUCGGCUUGUUCUUUGGGUUCACCAUGUACCUGGUGCGAAGGCAAAAGUGUCCACCCAAGGCCAUGGCAAUGAAGAUGGACCCAACGCUCUUUGGAGCAAAGAAUGGGCUGGAAUAGUGCGACUGAGACAGCUGAACCAAAUCUCAGCUUUCCACGAAGGUACUUUGUCCGGAGAUGAUCGUCCUUAGAUGCUACAGAUUUAGAUAAGAUUCUUUUUGGAUGUUGGAAUCCACCAUGUUCAACGCUAUAAGCAAGCUCACUACUGCUAUACACACCACAAAAUGCAACCUAAGUCGCGGGAGCGCUGCGGAACUCCCCGAGAUCGAGAUCGGCCGAGCGUUGAGCCGGGCCUUUCAGGGCCAAUGAGCCCGCAAGACCGUUUGACAUGAUGCUGGGCGCAGACCAGGUGGAAAUGAUCAGUUCUAUA